UCAACGGAGAGUGUGUCGUGUAGUGCGUUGGUGCGCUGAGUUUUUGACGUUUGUGAUAGUUUUUGAAGUGAAUAAUGUGAUUGUGUAGUUCGUUAUGGCCUAUAAAUACCGUGAAGAUUUAGUUGGCAAACGAUUUCUCUCUGUGAGUGGUGUUACGAAAAUUAACGUGAAUAAAGUUUCCGAAUGGGGUUGGAAAGCUGGUGUUAUCAGGGCAGCUUCGCUGAAAGAUAACAAGAAUAAGGAACUUCAGGUGUUAGUGGAAUAUGAUGGCGUGGACUGGCAACGCCGCGAGUGGGUAGCAGUGUAUUCUCGUAGGACGUUUCGCAUUUUUUUAGUGGAAAGAACAUUAGUUUGGGCAUCUAGAAAUUAUGAAGGAAAGGAAAUAAAGUGGCCAGCCUUGACGUUUACACCGCUGGCAGCGGAUUUGACGCUGCAGGCAGACGCACAGCCCGUGGAGUUUCUUCAUGACCAGCGCUUGUCGUUUCUGGACUAUGCAAACUUGCUACCUUAUCAGGAAUGGGACCCACGCAUUGCUGGGUCUGAAGUGGGUGUAGAUGAGGUCACCCUCACUGCGUUGUCUACAGAAGCAUCCGAAUGGCGAACGACGCAGGACGGUCAGCGUAUACUGACCACUACACCAUCAGUGCUAGGAGGCUGUCGUGCUCAGGUGUACAGAGCUGCCGGUGCAACUCAGUGGUAUACGGCUGUGAUCGUUGGCGUCAAUGAGCAUACUGGCGAAUUGACGGUGACGGAUGACACAGUUCUGGAAGAGCAUAGUGAAGACCCUUCACUAGUUCAAAUGAGACUCCUCGGCGAUGGAGUUAUCGAAUCCAUAAUGAGAGGGGAGGUAGUGGGCGUAAUGCCGAGGAGAUCGCGUUCUAAUCUUCAGAGAGUAGAGCGUGAGAAUACGAAGAGUCCAGCGAGCACUGGAGGAAGGAAGAAAAUAGCUGUAAAAAGUAACGGACAAAUUACAUCAUCUGAUCCACACCCACAGCCUGCAGGCUCAUCACCAGAACGUGAAUCCGGCGAGAUUAACAAAAAAGGUGUUGCUGUAAGUGUGAGUGCGAGUGAUGUUGUCGGGGUCAGUGACGAAAACGACAAGUGUGUGAAACAGGAGGAAGUGAAGCUCGAAGUGUGCGCCAAUAGUGAAGGUGAAGUGAGGAGUGAAGUGAGUGGUGGUGCAGGCGCGGAUGGUGUUGCCAGCGCCGUGGCCUCCGAGGAGGACGACUGUGUGAUAGUGUGCGCGCGCGAUGCGGACGAGAGGUCCGACUCGGGCGUGAGCGGUGUGCGGUCGGGAGGGUCGGCGAGCUCGGUCGAGGAGCGGGAGUGGCGCGGCAUGGCGCACGGGUAUGGCGGCGGCCCUCCUCCGCCCCUACUGCACUUGCCACCGCCACCGCCGACGCUGUACCCCAACGAGCUGCUCUGGAAGCAGCGGUACCCGCCGACGCCGAUCCACGGGCCGCUGCACCAUGCCAUCGCUGAUGACUACCUGGCCUCUUACGAUAGAGAGAGACAUGAAAGACUGCUACGACUGCACCGGCAGCAAUUUUGCCGCCAAGCCACAAGAAGCGAAGAACGAAGGGAACAGGAGCAACAACGGGAUAUAUUGGAGAAGCAGCAAAAAGAAAGAAAGGAGAGAGAACGGAUAGAGCAGGAGCGGGAGAGGGAAAGAGAAAAACAGGAGAGAGAGGAAAAAGAAAGGAGAGAUCAAGAAAAUGCCGCCUCUAAACUCGUCUCCAGGCAUUUCGAGGAGUCGUUUCGGUUGGCUAAUCAGAAGAGGGAGCGUAGCAUGUCGUGGUCGCUAUUGAACAGCAUUCCUCCACCGGGUCGUGCGGCUGGACCCGAACACGAACGGUUACGAGCACCGCCACCAGACCGCGCCUACUACUCGCCUCCUUCGCAUCCUUCCGCGCAUCCUCCCCAUCCUUCACCUCGCGCACCAGCACCUUCUCCCGCAGAUUAUUGUUCCCCACAUGCGCGACUCUCCAUCUCAUCCAAACCUGAAAAACCCACGGCUCAUCCUCCCUUACCUAAGGGCGAACCAAAUUUUGCACCUUAUAAUUAUCCUCCUUAUAGGUCAUACGAUAAACUUAAAGAACAACAUUUACCGGCGCCACCGCCCUUGGUGCCGGAAAAAAAUUCUGUGAUAGUCAAGCACGACGCCAAACAGAUUCACCUGGAGCAGAAACAUCCUUAUCCUAGCAAGCCCAGAAGUGAACCAUCGCAUUACCUUCCUUCAAGACCGUACCGAACCGGCCUAUCCCCUCAUGCACCGCCACACCCACAUCCAGUGCUCCAAACGUCACCACAUGCAGCAUUGCCUGCGCAAGACAAAAAUAAUAGGCGUUUAUAUCAACCUCCUCCACAACGAUCCCCAGCAUAUUACCAAACGGCACCACAAGUUAAGCCAAAGGUGUCCAGCCCGGCACCCCAACAUAUAUACGGCAAACCUAGCAGUAACUCACCUUGUCCCGCACACUAUGGAGUUGCUGUCGAGCCUUCUCUUCAGAUACCAAAAACGGAGCCGCCGCCAGUACCAUAUCCGCCGCCGUCCGCGUACUCGCCCGCACCUCGGACGAGACCACCGCCAGUGGCACACUGUCGUACUCCUGAACCUCGACCGCCACCGCGUGCUCACGGUGACACUAAUGCUCCGUCACCAUGCCAGACGCAACCUCUGGAUUUAGGUGUCACGCGCGAUGACCCAGAUAGGUUGUCGCCGCGCCGCCGUUAUCCCUUCGAGCCCGCUGACGCGGACGCGAAGCGAAGGCGUCUUGAAGAGCUGCCCGCACCAGAGCCGUUAAUCGCAGCGGCUGCGAGUGUCGGUAGGACACCUCAUGGCUCAGAGCCAGCACCACAGGCACCCGGUCCACCUUGCGACGUACGUGUACCCUCCGCCGAUGGCAGUAUUGAAACACCCGAACGUGCCGCCGGCGCUUCUCCUGCUCCUCAGCUGACGCCGGCGGCCAGUCCAGCCCCAGCAACUCCGGUGCCUCCAUUAGCUGCGUCACCGGCCGGCGCAGUAGCACCACCAGCCGCACCUACGCCACCCGCGCCCCCUGCUACUCCUCCCGUCACACCACUCGCCGAAGGUGAUACUCCAGCUAAGUCUACCUCACCGCGUGACGGUUCAGCACCAGUGCGACACCUUGGCAAAAAAGCGUGGCUACAACGACACGAAACUGCUCCAAUAGGUGAAGGGGACUGUUCCGGUGGUGGCGGAACUUGCAUCACACUCCCAAUGACCAUCACGAGGGUUUCGGAGCCCGACGACUCGAGUUCUAAUAUAGUGGUACCCGUAGCCGCAAAAUCCAUCCAGCGAGGUGCUCGGAAAACAUCGAAACCGCGAAAGCCAAAGGAAAUGAACGGUCGCAUCGAUGACGCCGAGGAGGAUAGCUCGAGUUCCGACAGAGAGACGACUGCUCCACCAAAAAGGAAACCACCUAAAGCGAAGCGGAAAAAGGGUAUCAUUCCGCGAAAAGCCGGGGACGAACCUAAAAAGAAGAAGGCUUCCGAGAGCGGUAGCGAGAGUGACAAGGAGAGUGACGACAAAGAUUCGGAUUCCGGAGGUAGUGGGAGUGGCAGUGGUAGUACGUCGAGUAAGCGUGGAGGUGGGGGUCGCGCGCGAGGCCGGAGGUCACGAGGCGGCGGCGGGGGUCGCGGGGGUCGACGAAAAGAGGACCCCCCACGACGCGGACCCGCCGGCGCGCAUGCGCGACCGACCAAUGAGUCGUUUUUACAAAACGGUCCCUGCUUCGAGGUGGCGCCGCGGCUCGCUAAAUGCCGAGAGUGUCGGUGGUCGCCAGCGCAGCGAGAUAAGGACAUGCCGAACAUCUUUUGCCGUUUCUACGCUUUCCGAAGACUGAAAUAUGCCAAGAAUAGGCAAUUAGCUAUAGCUGGGUUCUCGGACCCUUACAAGGAUGCAGAUGAGGAGGAUAAGAAAUUAUGGCUGUCAUCAUCCGCCGGUGCGGCGGAAUUAGAUAUAGAAAUGAGUUGCUUCCUGCUAAGGGAGAUUGGAGACCAGUUCUGUGAACUGCUACAACAGGAGAAAGAGGCCGAAUCACAUCAUUUGAAUGACGACAAGACAAUAGCGUGGAAGCGCGUAGUGCAAGGUGUUCGCGAAAUGUGUGACGUGUGUGAGACUACACUAUUCAAUUUCCACUGGACCUGCGGUAAAUGCGGGUUUGUCGUCUGCUUAGAUUGUUAUAAGUCACGGACGUCCGGAGAAUCGGCCAAUCCUACUAACGAGUCCAAUAGCACAGCAAAUUCCACCAGCAAUGGCGAGAGAGAUUCUUUUGGUUGGCUGACAUGCACGGCUGGAGGCGCUCACCCGGCGCGGCGGCUGCUGCUGACGCAGAUCGCAGCUGGCGGCGCGCUGGCUGCGGCGGCGGCUCGGCUGCACGCCACGCGCGCGGCCUGGUCACUACCCACUUGCGGCUGCGGCGUUGCCACCGACGCUCCCCCCGCGAGGCGCUCUCGGGCACGACAUCUACUCCAGCGCGCCCUCCAGAAGAAUGUCAAGAAGGAGGAUGUGAAAGAAGAAAAUGUGUCCACCAAUGGUUCGUCACCUGUAAAAUCAGAAAACGGAAAGACGGGCAGUUCCGUAGUUAGCUGGCUCUCGGACGUCCCGCUCAAGACCGAAACAAAGGACGAGAAGUCUGAUAGUAGUUCCUCUGAUUCGGAGGAGGGCGGCAGUUUCUCGACAUUAAGGGAAUUGCUAAUACGCCCAGCCCCUGAAGGUGGAGACACCCAACCCAAGAAAAAACAGAAGAAGAGCAAAAACGACUUCUUAAGUGACGUCAUCUCCAGUGUGGUGGAUGAGAAGAAAGAUGAAGAUGAGGAAGUGAAACCGUUCGCACUCUCAAAUGUGGUGAAGCGGUAUGACAGAAGCGGGCGUAGUAGGGAGGAGUUGCCAGUGCGAAUCAUGACGCUCACAGAGUCCAAACUUCUGUACCCUGACGUGCCACAUGCCUGGCUCUGCGACGGUCGCCUCCUACAUCUAACUGAUCCCGUUCAUCCUGGAAACUAUAAACCGUUCCAGGACCAGUGGAAACGUGGUCAGCCUGUUCUAGUCUCAGACGUGUCGACCCUGCUCGACAAAAAUCUAUGGAGUCCAGAGAGCUUCUCCCGUGACUUCGCUGAAACUCGAGUGGAUUUAGUCAAUUGUGCAUCUGGUUUAGUAGUACCGAAUCAGCCAGCCAGAAAGUUCUGGGAUGGAUUUGAACUAGUCACUAAGAGACUUCGAGAUGAACGUGGUGCUCCAAUGGUGCUCAAAUUGAAAGACUGGCCACCCGGCGAGGACUUCGCCGAACUUCUUCCGGCGCGAUUCGACGAUCUUAUGCGGGCGUUGCCCCUCAGUGAAUAUACAUCACGCAAUGGAAAAUUGAACUUAGCCGCCCGUCUACCGGAAUGCUUCGUCCGCCCAGAUUUAGGCCCCAAGAUGUACACGGCUUACGGAGGCGCCGGUGGUACAACCAAUCUACAUUUAGACGUCAGCGAUGCGGUUAAUGUGAUGGUCCACGCCAGCGCACCAGACGAUGCUCAAGACCGCGCAAGAGAGGCCGCAAAGGCUGCAGAAGAGGCUGGCGUUGACGUGCUGGCACGGCGGAGAGCAAGAGUCAAGCCUCCAGCAGCGCUUUGGCACAUAUAUGCGGCCAAGGACGCGGAUAAAAUCCGCGACUUCCUUGUCCACGCUGAGUUGGAGCGAGGUGCCAGACCGCGUCCACAACACGACCCGGUACACGAUCAGACGUGGUACUUGGACGCGGCGUUGCGAGAACGGCUAUACCGGGAGUACGGAGUCGAAGGCUACGCGAUUCUUCAGUGUCCUGGAGAUGCCGUUUUCGUACCUGCCGGAGCCCCACAUCAGGUUCGAAACCUUUUGGACUGUAUCAAAGUCGCUGAGGAUUUCGUAUCGCCGGAGAACGUGUCGCGAUGUUUUGAGCUCGCGCAGCAGUUCCGCAGGUUAUCUCGCCAACACUCCAACAAAGAGGACAAGUUGCAGAUAAAAAAUAUUGUGUACCACGCAGUUAAGGAUUCCCUGUGCUGCUUAGAGGAAGCGCUCGCUGAAACCAAGUGAAGCCGAGUAGACCUUCCGCAUUUGAUCUCAACCUCGACGUAACAUUAAUUGCUAAGUUCCGCAUUUAAACGUAAGAUUGGGAGCGAGUGUGAUAUGCGCUGUGCGCCGUUUCGUGUAUAAGAUGCCAUUUUUAAGCGUCCGAGUGGAUUGUGUACCAGUUAUAUGUGUGUAAAUGUACUCGAAAUGUGAUUUAGUCCGACGGUUAAAAUCGGAGUAUGUGCAAUGUAAAUUAGUCUGAUUAUGGUGAUAUCGUUGAGAUGUGGAUAUGUUUUAUGUUCCUUAAUUGAUACAAAUAAACUCUUCUGGUUAUUUACAGCUUAAUUGUAGUUAUAGUGAUAUGUAUGUAUUGUGUAAAUUUUUAAUUCGAAUUCCAUCGAGUACAUAUAAGAAGUGUAUACCUUUAAGUUAUUGUAUUGAAGUAAAACGUAUUCGCUCGAAGCAUUGUACAUUAAAUACGGCGUGUAGAUAAGUUUCUCCUAUAAUUAAUUUCUCAAUUUGGUUAGAAUGUUACAAAAUGAUAGUUAAAGUAUGUGACAAUUUAAUUUUGUCCUUAUUGCUGUAUUAGAAGAAAGCAAGUUUUUUUUGUACUGUGUAUAUUAUGUAUGGUUAUAAGUUGGAAUAAAAAAAA